AUGAAUAACGAGAUGCAUUCUUUUACUAAGGAAUCUGGUCCAAGAAAUAUUCCUGUUGAUGCUUGUAGUCCUUUUGAUGUAUUCUCAUGUUUAUUUCCUCAAGAAUUUGUGUCCAAUAUUACAGAACAAACAAAUUUAUACGCUCUGCAAAAAUUUGGGGAUCCACAAAAAUUCAAGAAAACCAAUGAAGAAGAAAUGAAAGCAUUUUUGGGAAUAAAUAUAUUUAUGGGAAUAAAGCGUUUACCUUCAAUCAAGGAUUACUGGUCUUCUAAUGAAGAGAUUCGUGAUAAUUACAUAUCAAGUAUAAUGCCACGAAACCGAUUUAUGUGGAUGCUAGGAAAUAUUCACUUGAAUGAUAACUAUAAACAACCUAAGAAAGGCGAACCAGGUUAUGACAAACUCUACAAGUUGAGACCUCUUCUGGACAAAUUACAAUAUACAUAUAAUUUUUAUUAUGAUGCUGAUGAGCACCAGUCAGUGGACGAAUCAAUGAUCAAGUUCAAAGGUCGCUCAUCUCUUCGUCAAUACAUGCCCCAGAAACCAAUAAAACGAGGUUACAAAAUCUGGGUUCGUGCUAACAAAUCAGGCUACAUUGCAGAAUUUCAAAUUUAUACAGGGAAGGUGGAUAGCGCAGAAAAACAUUUAGGUACACGUGUUGUGAAAGAUCUAACAAAAAAUAUUGCAGGGGAAUAUCACAAAGUUUAUUUCGAUAAUUAUUUUACAUCUAUGAACUUGAUGAAUGACCUAAAAAAUUCAAAAAUUCAUGGGUGCGGUAUAGUUCGCAAAGACCGUAAAGGACUCCCCAAGGAUCUGAAACGCGACAAGGAAAUGAAUAGAGGAGACGCUGAUUGGAGAAUAACUAAAACUGGUAUUGUUUCUAUGAAAACUAUGGACAAAAGGGGAAUUUAUUUUUUAUCCAAUUUUCACGAUCCCGAGAAAGCAAAUUCUGUUCAGAGGAAAAUGAAAGAUGGUACCAUCAUUGAAGUGUCAUGUCCAGAUUUAGUGAGAGAUUAUAAUGAAAAUAUGGGCCACGUGGAUAAGGCCGAUAUGCUUAAGUCGCUCUAUGAAAUAGAUCGCAAAAGCAAGAGAUGGUGGCUGAGGAUUUUUUGGCAUUUCAUCGAUGUAACCAUUGUAAAUGCUUUCGUUUUGUUUCGGAAAAGAUGCGAUUGUCAAUCUCUGGAACUGAAAGAAUUCAGAGUAGCUGUAGCUAGAGGGCUAAUUGGAAUGCAUAGGUGCGAAAAACGUAGACGAAGAAACGACGACUACGAUUUAUCUCAUAAAAAAUUCAAACGACAGGUGCCCAAUGAAACAAGACAAACCGAGUCGAAACACAUGCCUAUGUAUGGUACCUCAGUGAGAUGUGGAUUUUGUAGCACCAACCGAACCUCAUCGCACAAAAUGGCGCUGUACAGCGUGUAA